CGUGGGGAAGGCGGGGGUUGAUGGAGGCUUAUUAACUUCCUGUGCUUCUCAGCAUCCCGAUGCACUGAAAGGAUCACUGUGAGCAGAGAGGAUCCAGUCACUCAUUCAUUCGCAGCCAUUGAUGCUUCACGAGCGGAUAUUAGAGAAACAGCAGUAGGAGGGAGAUUUUGGAGCCGGCACGUAAAAUAAUCAACCUCGGGAUGUUUUAAAAAGAAGGAAACUCAUCGAAACCUACGUUCCUGCGCAUAAAUAAGCUCAAAGUCAGCAGAACUCUGGUUUUGAUGCAGCGUCGACAUCCAGGGGUGUAGCCGCGGUACCGUGCCUGUAGUGCGUGCGACGGAGGUGGAGGAGGACGGGCAGUCAGGAGGAUGCUGGAGGGCAAUGCCUGCAGAAAGAGAGUAUGAGAUUUGUCGAACGCUCGAGCUGCUCUCCGACCUGUGCUCCAAAGGCGAGGUGCAGGAUGACGAUUGUUUGGAUUUCACCUACUACUUCAGGGAUCUGGCCAGACCUCGUUACACGGACUCUGAUGUAUCAGUGAGCCUGUUGUCCCUGCUGGUGACCACCUGUGGUCUGGCUUUAUUCAGCGUCUCCCUAUUUGUAUCAUGGAAGCUGUGCUGGGUACCUCUGAGUGGCCGAUUUCUCCCAGAUGUCCUCAAGGGGAUAAAUUUUCUGGGAGCGGACCAACAGCCUGUACUAAUAGAGGUGGAUGGGGAUGAUAGGGAGUACAGUGAGGAUGGCUGUAUGAAGGAGCCAUCAGGCCUCCCCAUGGCUGUAUCUGUCCCAGAGUCAGGUCUGAAGAUCAGCCACACGUCCCCUGACAUCCCUCUGGAGACCCAGGCCAAAGUAGACCAUAUACAAGCCCACACCCUGGCCAGGGACAGGGUGCAAAGACAAAUCACUGAACCCACGUCGUCAGUACGUCACAACUCCAUCCGUCGUCAGAUGAACCUGUCCAAUCCAGACUUUAAUCCGACUCAGUUCCAGCGGCAGGAUAGUCUGACUGGUUUAGGACAGAUCAAACCUGAGCUUUACAAGCAGCGCUCUGUGGACACGGAUGAUGGACGUAGGACAGACAACUGUGGACGUCUCCAUUUCAUCCUUAAGUUUGACUUUGAUCUGGAGCAGCUGAUAGUAAAGAUUCAUAAAUCGCAAGAUCUUCCUGCCAAGGACUUCUCUGGGACCUCGGAUCCUUAUGUCAAGAUAUACCUGCUGCCUGACCGUAAAACCAAGCACCAGACUAAGGUGCACCCCAAGACUCUCAACCCAAUAUUUGAUGAGGUGUUUCUCUUUCCAGUGGCAUACACCGAGCUGUCGAACAGAAAGCUGCACUUCAGUGUCUAUGACUUUGACAGGUUCACUCGCCAUGAUUUGAUUGGUCAAGUGGUGGUGGACAACUUCCUAGAUCUUGCCGACUUCCCAAGAGAAACUAAAUUGUGCCGGGACAUCCAAUAUGUCACUUCGGAUAACGUGGACCUGGGAGAGCUGAUGUUCUCAUUGUGCUAUCUUCCCACGGCUGGCAGGCUCACCAUCACCAUGAUCAAAGCCAGAAAUCUCAAAGCCAUGGACAUCACAGGUGCUUCAGAUCCAUAUGUAAAGGUGUCGCUGAUGUGUGAGGGCCGGAGGCUAAAGAAGAGGAAGACAUCAACCAAGCGCAACACUCUAAACCCAGUUUACAAUGAAGCCAUCGUCUUUGAUGUCCCCCCAGAAAACAUCAACCAAAUAAGUUUACUUAUAGCCGUCAUGGACUAUGAUCUGGUUGGACAUAACGAAAUCAUCGGCGUGUGCAGGGUGGGUAAUGAGGCUGACACUCUGGGACGAGAUCACUGGAGUGAGAUGUUGACAUAUCCACGCAAGCCUGUCGCACAUUGGCACCCGCUAAUAGAGUGGGUUGGACAGGGAGCAGCAGGCAAUGGAAGUCAAGGCGGAUCCAUCAAUUCUCUGAAGGCACCACCCUCACCAUGAACACACACACACGAACAAAUACACGCACAUGCACACAUGUACCCAAAGACUCAGGUUGGUAGAAUAAUGAAGAAUGGACCUGGAAAAGUACCCCGAAGGCUUAUCCCUACUUUUUUCUUAGUUCUAAAAAAAAACAAAAAAAAAAAACAUUAACAUUCCAACUGAACUGCUGCAGUAUAUAGUGUCAUUAUUUUAGCUGUUCCUAACAGUAUUAAUAUUUUGAAAAUAACUUUUGUGGAAGAUGCAACUUUAGUUGUGAUUGAUGAGCUAGCAUAUAUUUUCUCAACCGUAAGGCUUAUAAAGUGAAGGUUGGUUCAACAGAAAUGUCAGCGAUUCCAAGUGAAAAUAUUAGUUUUUCCAUUCAGCUUUCUCAUAUGCUUCUUCUCUUAUCUAAACAUAAAUUAAUGUAUUUGCUUCAAGAAUAUGUCAAGAGGCUAACAAAGAAUAUAACUUUUUUUUUCCUAACAAUUUAAGUAGCAUUUUUCCCAGUGUGUGGUCCCAAAACAGAAAAUAGAAGCAUAGUAGAGAAAUAUUGAUUUGGUGUGUUUUCAGAGAAGUGAUCCCUUUUCUUCCAAUUAUUGCUAUUUGUUAUGAUCAAACAGUGUAUCUAUGUACAGUUUUUAUGUAGUAUAUUUUGCUUGGGGGCACUUUAAUUAACCAUCUUAAGUUAGGAUAUACCCCCAUAUACAGUAAAUAAAAAAAUAAAAACAGGUCUGAAAACUAGACAUUGAUACGGGGAUUCAUUUAAAAAGAAUGGCUAAUUAUCACAAACCAACCAUUGUCAAUAUGCUAUUUUAACAGUUUUCCCAAUUUUAUUGUGUAUUUAAAUUAAAAACAUUGUCAAUCCAGACCAAUAUUACCACAAUGAUUGGUUAAUUCACAUAUUAUCCUGCUAUGUCUUUGCAACAUACUGUACACAUAAUUGAAUUUGGGUUUGGACAGACCCUUGGAUCAGACCUUAGAUUAAUAAUAAUAAUAAUAAUUCAUAAUAAAACAGUGCAAGAAUUGUUGACAAUGCUGUUUUUCUUUAAAGUGAGACCACGCCUUGUUGUAUUUUUAAGUCAUUUUUAUGUUUAGUUUUUGAAAAGUGUUUUGGACACGGUCACAAGUAGCAGUGAUGAUUUGUAUCUGUCAAUAAAAUGCAUGCAUUCGGCUUAAUUGAGUUUUGCCAAAAGCUUUGUUUCUGUCAGUCCAUUAUGUAAACACAAUCUGACCUGGUUAAAAUGUCCUUUCAGUUGUUAUUAAUAAAUCAUUUCUUUAUGGA